GGUCACGGGGUGUCCUGACGUCCAAGGGAGGCCUCGCCAGUCUCUUUGAAGGUCUCCCCGGUCACGUCUGGCCUGGGGGCAGGGAGAGAGACCUGGGUGGAGAAAGAAUUGGAGUUGGCACAAGGCCCCCUCGGUAGGCAGGUCUGCGGCCAGCCUGUCUCUUUAAAUCUCAGGUAAUCUGGGAGGAGGGAGGGAGUGUCCCGCAGUUCCCGCUCCUCCCGCUCACUGCCAGCGGGAGCUCCGGACAGGCCAGCCCUGCAGAGUCCUGGCUGGCUCUGCCAGGUGUAACAAACUCGCAGUCCUCUCCAGUCUGGCUGGGGCUGCUGGGAGACUCCCAAGGAACUCGCCACGAAGGCAGGAGACAGGAGACGGGACCUCUACAGGGAGAGGGCGGGCCGGCCCUUGGGGGGGCCGAUGUGGCCCCAAGGCUGAGUCCCGUCAGGGUCUGGCCUCGUCCUCAGCCCCCCAAGGAGCCGGCCCUACACCCCAUGGGGUUGUCACUGCCCCAGGAGAAAGGGCUAAUUCUCUGCCUCUGGAGCAAGUUCUGCAGAUGGUUCCAGAGACGGGAGUCCUGGGCUCAGAGCCGAGAUGAGCAGAACCUACUGCAGCAGAAGAGGAUCUGGGAGUCUCCUCUCCUUCUAGCUGCCAAAGAGAAUGAUGUCCGGGCCCUGAGCAAGCUGCUCAAGUAUGAGGACUGCGAGGUGCACCAGAGAGGAGCCAUGGGGGAAACAGCGCUACACAUAGCAGCCCUCUACGACAACCUGGAGGCCGCCAUGGUGCUGAUGGAGGCUGCCCCGGAGCUGGUCUUUGAGCCGAUGACAUCUGAGCUGUAUGAGGGUCAGACUGCACUGCACAUCGCUGUUGUGAACCAGAACGUGAACCUGGUCCGAGCCCUGCUCGCCCACAGGGCCAGUGUCUCUGCCAGAGCCACGGGCACUGCCUUCCGCCGCAGUCCCCAUAACCUCAUCUACUUUGGGGAGCACCCUUUGUCCUUUGCUGCCUGUGUGAACAGCGAGGAGAUCGUGCGGCUGCUCAUUGAGCAUGGAGCCGACGUCCGGGCCCAGGACUCGUUGGGAAACACAGUGUUACACAUCCUCAUCCUCCAGCCCAACAAAACCUUUGCCUGCCAGAUGUACAACUUGCUGCUGUCCUACGACAGACAUGGGGACCACCUGCAGCCCCUGGACCUCGUGCCCAAUCACCAGGGUCUCACCCCCUUCAAGCUCGCCGGAGUGGAGGGUAACACUGUGAUGUUCCAGCACCUGAUGCAGAAGCGGAAGCACACCCAGUGGACCUAUGGACCACUGACCUCCACCCUCUAUGAUCUCACGGAGAUUGACUCCUCCGGGGAUGAGCAGUCCCUGCUGGAACUUAUCAUCACCACCAAGAAGCGGGAGGCUCGCCAGAUCCUGGACCAGACACCAGUGAAGGAGCUGGUGAGCCUCAAGUGGAAGCGGUAUGGGCGGCCUUACUUCUGCGUGCUGGGUGCCAUAUACCUGCUGUACAUCAUCUGCUUUACCAUGUGCUGCGUCAACCGCCCUCUGAAGCCCAGGACCAAUAACCGCACAAGCUCCCGGGACAACACUCUCUUACAGCAGAAGCUAUUUCAGGAAGCCUACGUGACCCCUAAGGAUGACAUCCGGCUGGUGGGGGAGCUGGUAACUGUCAUUGGGGCUGUCAUCAUCCUGCUGGUAGAGAUUCCGGACAUCUUCAGAAUGGGAGUCACUCGCUUCUUUGGACAGACCAUCCUUGGGGGUCCAUUCCAUGUCCUCAUCAUCGCCUAUGCCUUCAUGGUGCUGGUGACCAUGGUGAUGCGGCUCACCAGUGCCAAUGGGGAGGUGGUGCCUAUGUCCUUUGCCCUGGUGCUGGGCUGGUGCAACGUCAUGUACUUCGCCCGAGGAUUCCAGAUGCUGGGCCCCUUCACCAUCAUGAUCCAGAAGAUGAUUUUUGGCGACCUGAUGCGCUUCUGCUGGCUGAUGGCUGUGGUCAUCCUGGGCUUCGCUUCAGCCUUCUAUAUCAUCUUCCAGACAGAAGACCCGGAGGAGCUGGGCCACUUCUACGACUACCCCAUGGCCCUGUUCAGCACCUUUGAGCUGUUCCUCACCAUCAUUGAUGGCCCUGCCAACUACAACGUGGACCUGCCCUUCAUGUACAGCAUCACCUAUGCUGCCUUUGCCAUCAUCGCCACACUGCUCAUGCUCAACCUCCUCAUCGCCAUGAUGGGUGACACUCACUGGCGAGUGGCCCACGAGCGGGAUGAGCUGUGGAGGGCCCAGAUCGUGGCCACCACGGUGAUGCUGGAGCGGAAGCUGCCUCGCUGCCUGUGGCCUCGCUCUGGGAUCUGCGGACGGGAGUAUGGCCUGGGGGACCGCUGGUUCCUGCGGGUGGAAGACAGGCAGGAUCUCAACCGGCAGCGGAUCCAGCGCUACGCACAGGCCUUUCACACCCGGGGCUCCGAGGACUUGGACAAAGACUCAGUGGAAAAACUGGAGCUGGGCUGUCCCUUCAGCCCCCACCUGCCCCUUCCUACACCCUCAGUGUCUCGAAGUACCUCCCGCAGCAGUGCCAACUGGGAAAGGCUUCGGCAAGGGACCCUGAGGAGAGACCUGCGUGGGAUAAUCAACAGGGGUCUGGAGGACGGGGAGGGCUGGGAAUACCAGAUCUGACUGUGUGCUGUCACUGGGCUUCCUGGAACGUGCUCUCAUUUUCCUGGGAGCAUCAAACAAAACAAAACCCAAACACCCAGAGGUCUCAUCUCCCAGGCCCCAGAGGAGAAAGGGGGAGUAGCAUCAACGCCAAGGAAUGCACGUGAGAAUAACUCUUGCAACCUGCGUUACUCCUUCAGCCCUGGGGCAGAUGGAGCUCAGCCCAAGCACAGGACUGGCAGGCGUGAGAAGCUCUCCUGCGGCCACUCCUCACCCCUUCCGACAGUAGCACUGCACGUCAGAGCACUUUAAAAACAGGCCAGCCUGCUCAGGCACUCAGUCUCCAACCCAGGGUCAUGAGUGGGGGGAGAGAGAGAAAGAGAGAGAGCACCCUUCCCAGGGCACCAGGCAGGUGCAGGGAGGCACAGAGCUUGUGGAAAGUGUGUGUGUGAGAGAGAGAGGAUUGGCUCUGGGGUGGGGUGAAGUGGGGCUAAGUCUUGCCAAUUCCACCUUCAAUAAAGUCGUUCUCCGAUCCCUG